AUGUCGGGCGCUGUCAGAGCGCGGAGACCGGCCUCUCCCCCACCUGGUCUUCCCCAUGCCGCACCCCAAAGGUUUCCUCAUCCCCGCCAUGACCAUCUGGACGCUGACGCGCGAAAAGAGGCGGCAUCUAAGGGCUAUUUUCCUGGUCGCAAGACUCAUGCGUCGGGUGGCUUGAACAUUUCCCCUGCGGAGUGGAAACUGCUCGGACUCGUCGUCGUAAUAGCGCUGUGUGUACGAUUAUUUCGUAUAUCACAGCCUACCAGCGUUGUGUUCGACGAGGUUCAUUUCGGCAAGUUUGCAUCCAAAUACAUCAAGUCGCAGUACUUCGUCGAUGUGCACCCACCGCUGGCAAAGCUACUCAUCACACUGGCAGGGUUCAUGUUCGGCUACAGCGGGAACUUUGACUUCAAAGACAUAGGCAAGCCGUAUGAGGACGUCCCAUAUAUUGCCAUGAGGAUGCUUCCCGCUCUGCUAGGCGUUGCCACUGUACCCAUAUCCUAUCUAACCCUCCGUGCGCUUGACUGCCGUGCGACAACAGCUCUCCUGGCUUCGCUCUUCAUCACCUUCGAGAAUGGCUUGGUCACCCAGUCGCGACACAUCCUCCUCGACUCUCCCUUGGUAUUCUUUACUGCGCUCACGAUACUGCUCUGGACUGGCUUCUGCAAUGAGGACAAACAUGAGCCCUUCACUGAGACAUGGUGGACGUGGCUUAUUCUCUCUGGCCUUUCUCUCGGUGCAGUUGUAAGCUGUAAAUGGGUCGGCCUUUUCACCAUCGCAACUGUUGGCUUUAGCACCGUCAAACAGCUCUGGCUACUCUUGGGCGACUUACGUGUCACACCACGAAUGUUUAUGCGUCAUUUCAUCGCGCGCGCAAUGUGUCUGAUCGCGAUUCCUUUACUGUUCUAUAUGUUCAUGUUUUGGAUACACUUCUUGAUUCUGCAGAAUCCAGGGGAUGGAGACGGAUUCAUGAGCUCUGAAUUCCAGCAUACUCUCAACGGUCGCGGUAUGGCGGAUACCUUCGCUGACGUGGCCAUCGGGUCUGAGGUAGCUAUCCGGCAUGUGAAUACGCAAGGUGGCUACCUCCACUCACAUGCGCAUACUUACCCGGGAGGAAGCAAACAGCAGCAGAUCACCCUCUAUCCUCACCGUGACGAGAAUAAUAAUUGGCGAAUCAUUAAUGCGACCAGGGAGGGCAAUCCAGACAGUGACUGGGAGUUGCAUCCCCUCACCUACGUUGAGCCAGGUAUGCACAUCAAGUUAAGGCAUCUUGUGACAGAGAAAUACCUCCACUCGCAUGAUCAGCGCCCGCCCGUCUCAGAAGUAGACUUCCAGAAUGAGGUAUCUGGCUACGGUAUGCCCGGCUUUGCUGGUGACGCGAAUGAUGACUGGAUUGUGGAAAUCGAGAAGGGUGACAAACGUGAUCGGCUAUCUGGCAAACGUUUGAGGACUCUUCGUACGCAUUUCCGGCUCAGGCAUGCCAUGACGGGCUGCUAUCUAUUCUCGCACAAAGUUAAACUACCGGAGUGGGGUUUUGACCAGCAAGAGGUAACGUGCAACAAGCAAGCGGUGAAGGCGAACUCGUUGUGGUAUAUCGAGACCGCAACGCACUCAAUGCUGCCCCCCAGCGCGCCGAAGGUCAAUUACAAGCUCCCCGGAUUUUUGUCGAAGUUUAUGGAGCUUCAACAAGUAAUGUGGAGGACGAAUGCUGGACUUACCGACAGGCACACGUUUGACUCCCGUCCCGACUCGUGGCCUUGGCUUCGUCGAGGAAUUAACUUCUGGGUGAAAGAUCAUCGCCAAAUUUAUCUUCUGGGGAACCCCUUGGUGUGGUGGUUGAGCACUUCCGCCCUCUUUGCUUAUGUUAUAGUGCGCGGACUAUUGAUCCUUCGAGCUAAACGCGGCUUCAGGGAUUUUGAAAAUACGAAGGUCGUGAAAUACGAUACACUCUGUGGAUUCCUCUUCGUUGGAUGGUGUUUGCACUACCUCCCUUUCUAUUUGAUGGGUCGACAACUCUUCCUCCACCACUACUUUCCUGCUUUGUACUUUGCCAUCCUCCUGUCUUGCGCAGUAUUCGAUCUUGUGACAUCAAAUCUCAAGCCGAGAGUGCGUCUGCAAAUCGCUGGCGUUCUUCUCAUCCUUGCACUCUGGAAUUUCAUAUAUUUGAGUCCUAUCGCUUAUGGAGGCACAUGGACGCGAAAUAGUUGUGACAAUGCCAGAUGGUUAAAAACUUGGGACUUCGCAUGCGGAGAGUUCCCCGAGAGCUACUCGCAAUACGACACUACCGUAGCUGCGGCGACACCAGAAAUGUCCGCCGCAAUACCCAGAGUACAUCAUAUAGCGGAUGAUCUGAAGGACCAUCCUGUAGUCCUAGACGAUCACGCAGAAGCGAUCAAUGCUCCUGUCCCGAACCCUGGUGCUGAAACUUCCGUUGACGUCGGGCAAGCGGAACCCGGGCGGGACAUUUUCGCUGGCAUUCCUCAUGAAGAUCUCAAGAGCAAGGCAAUAGAACCGUCAGAAGAAAUUCCGUUCGAAAAAGAGGUCAGCAAAGUGGAUAUGCAGACUACCUCGACGGCGACUUCAACUUUGGCUUCGGAAGUCAACAUUCUGGAAAGUACCACCAGUACUGUAGCUGAUGGGCAACAGACACAGACAGCGAAGACGACGCAGGAAACGCAAUCAGUUGAUGUGGAGGCGGAAAGUGUGUCCCAUGAGAUGGGGAAGGAGGACACGGUAAAAACACAGGGCGCGCAACCUGAGUAUGAGGCCGAGGCCGAACGGGCGAGGCAGGAGUUGUUCCCCGGCGUAGAUGUUGACUGA